AUGAACAGCGACGAUGCAGCAAUUAUCGAGCAGGCGCGUAAAGAGCUAAUUGCGCUACGCGAAGCUCGCAUGCUGCAAAUAGCAGAGGAACGCAAGGCACUUUUGAAGCAAAUAUUUCUACUUACCAAGAUUCCUGGCUCGUUGACACGACUUCCGGGACCCACGGACGUCAAUCUCGAACAGUUGAACGAAUAUGUCGAUAGUUAUCCCAUGACAAAUGAUGCAUUCGUUUCGCAUGGACAGACGAACACUGCCAAUUUACCACCAGACGACAACCAGCAUUCAAGGCACGAUGAUUCCUCGGUCAGAGUAGACAUGUACGACGACGAUGACGAGGAGAAAGGCGAGGAGAUGGAGGUCGACCAGCAACAAGAAUUCAACUCGCAGUCUCCCAUCAAAUUCAAAAUUUCUAAACUAUCUCAGAAGGCUAUGAGACCUGAACGGCCGACACUAUUCAUCUCCAAGUUUGCGACUGGCUUGCCAGCACCAGAUCCUCGUCUGAUGACCAAGGAUAUGAACCGCGCGCUUGAUCAUCUACCACAAUCCGCCUCGAGCAAGGUCAAAUCAGAAGGGGUAAAGGAAGAGGAACCAUACAUGGAUUUCAGCCGAUGGCAAGCUACCUUGAUGCACAAUCCCGUCUACAAGCUGGUCCGCAAGGCUUCCAAAUGCCUUACUACCAGUGAAUGGAAUACUGCUAUUCAAGACCUGAUAUUUUUUCAAACGUUUGAGAGGAUUGACCAACUCAAGGCAGCCAACCAGUGGUCGUUCCUUCAACCCAAACGUCAGGUCAUACCGACAAUCAAGGACCACUGGUCCUACCUCCUCGACGAAGCCAAAUGGAUGCACGCAGACUUUAAAGAGGAGCGGAAAUGGAAGAGGGCGCUAGCCAUGGAAUUAGCGCAGGCUGCAGUGGAAUGGCACCGAGCGACUCCUCAAGAGAGGGUCGCACUGCGUGGUUAUUACCAAGCACCGCCAGUGGAAGACUUUGCUGAGCCGAUUGAGCGCGGUGUUCCAGAACAGGAGGAGAUUGAAAAUAAAGAUGAUGAGACGACCAAGGUCCCGGAAGUUGUCGAAAUGCUACAGGAAGCUGCGGAGCAGGAACCAGAACCAGAGCCAGAGGUGGUCGUAGCGGAGCCACAAGAUGUCAAGAUGCAAGAAGACGCCAAAGUCCCAGCAGAAAAUCCAGAAUCGGCUCCCGAACCCGAGUUUACUCUCAAGACCGAGGAGACUGAUGGGCCUAGUCUAGGGGACCUUGCUAUGAAAGAUGAGGAAGGAAAUCCAAUAGGUCCACCGAUUGACGAAACCAAAAACCCAUUACUAUACGAGGGCCCGGGAGAUCAAAAGCGUGAAGACGAAGAUAACCACGUAUUGGUUCAGCAAACGGUAACCGAAUUGGACUCUUCGGCACUCUGGGUCGAGCCGACGGAGCUUGAGAAGGUUGUACACACAACAUCAUCUGGAGAGAAAACGACUCUUCGCCAAACCUGGGAGAUGGUGUUUCCUGAACUCCCCGUGUAUGAGAUGCCGGACCCGUUCGAUCCCACCACUUCAGGGCAGACUCGCCAUCGAAAAGACGAAGUUCAGACAGAUACCAUCCCAAUUUCACGCUAUACCGACUCCAAUCCUCUCAUUCUCAGUGUGCUUCAGCCAUCGACACAUCUGGACCAAGGGAGCUGGACACGCUUCGACUCAGAGCCAGUCAAGAAGGAAGAAGGUGAUCCAUUCAAGUAUAUCAAUGAAGGUCCAGCAAAACCGCGGUACGAAGUGGGCGGAGCGUUCAUUAACAACUGUAUAGCUGCCGGUACUAGAUCUGUACCAUGGUUUCCUGCCGAAGAUGCAUUGCUCAAGCGCCUAGUUCCCGAGCUAUUGUAUAACUGGCAAAUGAUCGCGGACGCGUUCAAUUUCUACAAUUACUCCAACGAUAUGGAGAAGAGAACACCGGGGCAGUGCCUCGUUCGCUACGACUUGCUUUUUGGUGAUGACGAGCAAAGAAGGUCACCUGCACCCUUCCCAGAGGGGCGACUCAAACCAUUCCCUCCUGGACGGAGGCCCAAACAAGUGGAAGAAUUUUGUCCCACUGCAGGUCCGACCGACGACGACGCCAAGUUUAUGCGUCACAAAUUCGUGCAUCGAGCAAUCAAACGAAUGAUGAAGCGUCGGGAGGAAGAGGCCAAAGCUAGAGAGGGUCAGCAGCGCGUUAUGAUGCCUCAUCAAUCUCACGAUGCCAUAAUGAAGUACAAGGUCUAUACGCCCCAAGAACUCGGUCGCAUCAGAAAGGAGGGUGAAGAUAAGCGCAUUGCAGAGAUGAAACGACGACAGAUGGAGAUACGCCAACAAACCGAAGCAAAAUUCCGACAAGUUCAAGCGGCGGCGGGACUCAUUCCAGGAGGACCAAUCCCGAUGCAACCGAUCGCUCUCAAUGGUCCCAACAUGCCCAUUAACGGUGCACCAGGCAUGCUACCUGUUCGGUUGCCAGGAGGCGUCCCGAAUAUCUCUCAGCAAGCAAAUGCCAACAUUGCAAGUGGUAUUGCAAGGGGACCAAACGGCGAAGCGAUCAAUCCUAUGAAUCCUGCAACGCUUAUGCUUCUACAACAGCAGCAACGCUUAAACGCCACUGCGGCUGCCAUGGCCAACGGUACCUCCCCCCGGCCACAAUCGGCUGCGUCAAUCCUCUCGCAGGCGCAGGCAGCUAUGGGUGGCACGCCUCCUCAGGCACACAUGAUGAAUCCACUCUUCCGCCAAAUGCAGGCCACUGCAAUGGCUCAGCAAAUCAGCAUGUCCUCCAUGUCCAAUGAGCAGGUGGCUAUGUUCCGACAACAUCAACAGGCUUUGGCCCAACGAGCCGCUGCGCAACAAAUGGCAGCGAACUUGCAGCAACAACAGCAACAGCAACAGCAGAAUGCAUCGCAGCAGCAACAGCCUCAAAAUCCUCCACCGGCUUAA